AGAGCUGAGAGAAUCUACAGCUACCACUGACCCUUUGUCUCGACGUGCUCAGACUUCCUUAGGAGGCCCCAGGUUGCAAGCUGCUUCUCCGGUUUCUCGCGGCAGCUUUUCACCAGACGCUCAGGAAGAGGUAUCCCAGUUUCCAGAAUGGCUGAUGAAGGAGAUCAUAAAAGGACAGCCGAGGAGCCACUCCAUAGGACUUAUGGAGAACAUACUGGAGAGUGAAAGAGUUCAUCAUGUUAGUCCUUCUAGGAGCCCAUGGAAAGGAAAGAUUGAGCAGCAAGUAACUCUUGAACAGCUUCAGAAACUGCAUGCAGCCUUUCAGGAGUUAGAAAUGAAUGGACAUAAAUAUUUGGAUAUAGAAAACUUCAAGCAUACAGUGAAGAAAUGCAUGGGAUCCCACAAUGCAGACGAUGAGCAAAUAGAAAUACUUUUCAUGAAAAUAGACUACUCUGCAAGUGGCAGGAUUCAGUGGAAUGACUUCUGCACAUACAUGCACCUGGAAUAUACUGGGCAAGAUGGGUCAUCUGUCCGAUUGAAAGGAACCACUUUCUCACUUCCUGCCACAAUACAGGAGAUCCCACAUGGAGAGCCUGUGCUUCGCAUUUGCUCGUUGUCGAAUAGCACCUUAAUAACAGCCCGCGAAGAUGGAACUAUUUCUUUCUGGAGUCCACAGCUCAAACAAAAACGAAGCAAAAUGGUGUUUGAGAAAACUCACAAAAGAUCUAAGUGGUUGAUGGAUUUCGCUAUCAUGACACCAUACAACAAAUUAAUCUUGGGAACUGGGGAUCGUGAACUUCAGCUCUAUGAAAUCUCCAAUUUUGAACCCUACCUUCAAAUUAGUGGUUUGGAAGCUAUACCAUUGAAUGUGGAUUACUGCUAUACAGAUCCUGACGAAUGUAUGAUUCUUUAUGGUGAUGAUCAGGGGUGUGUCAAUAUCUUGCUCUUGCGGUCUGUGGGUGAGCUCCUAAGGACGUGGAAUAAGCUACCAAAAAUUGAACAUCUUCCUAAUAUAAGCCUUGAGUAUGCGGCUCUGUCUUCAAAUGUCACUUAUAUUCGUUGGAAAGUUCAUGGAGAUUGGGUUGCUCAGCUCAAUUACUAUGAUUCUAUUAAAGCAAUCAUUUCUGCCUCAAGCCAUGAGCCUACAGCCUUGGUGAUAGGCUGUGUUGUUGGAGCUACCAAUGUAGAACAACAGAUGAAAGAAAUAAGAGAACACCGGAAGGAUUCUAAGGCACGGAAAGGGCAGGCAAGCCUAGGAGCUCCCUCUAGUCGAGCCGAGGGGGAUCAGAUCGUUUUUCGAGUUCGCAAAGGGGUAAAAGCGUUUGCUCUCAGUAAAAAGAACAACCUUGUAGUAACAGGAGGGAUGGAUCGAAUCAUUCGAAUGUGGAAUCCUUAUAUGCCUGGAAGGCCAACAGGCAUGCUCAGAAGCCAUAUGGCCCCGGUUAUCUAUGUCUACAUAUCUGAAGAAGACAGUAAAAUAUUUUCCAUGUCAACAGACAACACUGUUAAGAUAUGGGAUAUUGAAGACCAAAGUUGUCUAUUCACAGCCUGUUCAAAAAACAAUGGAAUUAAAGGAGAAAUCAGUGCUUGCCACUACAUCUCAAGUACUAGAUCACUUUGUGUUGCCACGGAUGUUUUGGCUGUUCUCCAUCUAAGAUUAAGCUCACCUGUAGAUCCCAACUUGGUGAUUUCCCACAAGGAACCGGUUCUGUGCUGCAAAUACAACAAAGUGUUCAGGCACGUGGUGAGCUGCUCGGAAGGCUCCGUGGUCAAAGUAUGGGACUUUGAAAGUGGAAAGCUCCUGUUUGAAUUUGGCAAUGCUCAUGGUGGAUCUGCAAUAACCUGCCUCACUUUUGACCCUAGUGGAAGAAGACUUAUAACAGGAGGAAGAGAUGGCUCUUUGAAAAUAUGGAAUUACAACAAUGGACAAUGUUUGCACACUUUGAAAAAAGAAGGCACAUGUGAAGAAGUCUGUGAUUGCACCUGUGUGGAGGUGAAUCGAAACAAGUAUAUCGUAGGUGUUGGAUGGGACAGAAAAAUAAACAUGUUUUAUGAUUCCACAGAGAACUUCCAUCACCUUCAGAAACCUCAAGCCCAUUGGCAGGAUGAUAUAAGCCGUGGACAUAAGGAAGAUAUUCUCUGCAUUGCUCAGUGUCCACCUUCUCUCCUUGCCACGUCAAGUUACGAUGGCGAAAUUAUUGUCUGGAAUAUGAUCUCGGGCCACAUAUGCCAUAAAUUCCAUGCUCCUAUUCUCACUUCCUCUGUUUAUACCAAAACCUCCCAGGCUGUACAUGCAAGUGUUACUAAAGUACUCUUUCUAAAGACCCGUGCUGUGAAAUUUGAAUCAGCAACAUCCUCUCUUAUUUCCAAUGGACCACAAGGCUAUAUACACUUUUGGAGUUUGUUCUCUGAAGAUCCACUUGCAGCAAGUUUCACACCUUCUAGAGAGAAAUCCCUGAUCAGCAGCAUUGCUGUAACUGCUGAUGAUUCAUAUCUGUAUUCAGCAGAUGAAGAUGGAUAUGUGCAUGUCCAUGACAUCAAAGAAUAUGCUCUUCAAGAUCUAGAACAAGAAGCACCAAAAUAUGUGAAUCACUGGAGAGCUCAUAUAAACCUGGUUCUAUCGUUAGAGGUUAUAGACGAAGAUAAUAUCUUGUUAUCCUGUUCCGUUGAUCGUACCGUUCGAUUGUGGAGUCUAGCAGGAGAAUAUCUUGGAACAUUUGGUCAGGCAGAACCUUGGGACAUUUUUACUCCGGCUUCCUGGAAGCAUCCCAUGGUUCCUUACGAGAUUCUGAUUGAUCCACAAAGUAUGCCUAAUCAUCCAGUGCUAGGGGGAGAGUCGUCUGGCUUGCAAAUCACGGACAAAGAUGAGAAUACUCAGGAAGCAGCAAACUGUAACCCUGGGUUGUCCCAAGUUACUGAUGAGGGUAUAAAAGAAGAAAUCAACAAGCAGUUUUCCACACAAGCACCAAGUAGGAGGCUGAAGCAUGAACGUUCCAAGCUUUUAAACAGACUGGUUAGCCGUGGGAAGCCAAACACUUACCGCGCCAUCAACUAUUAUGAAAUAGACAGUUUCCCAGGAAACUGUGAGAAGCCUGACUUGUCGAUUCUUGGGACAGACAUUUUUAGUGUUCAUUAUCAAGGAGUAGCUGAGCCGUAAGCACAUAGUU